UCACUCAGUUCUCUUACCUAAGAAAUGAAGAUAAUAAUAGCCCGGACUUCCCCCGGUUGCGGGGAGCCCCAGAAAAGACCAUGUGUGCACUGCGGUUAUCCAGGUGGUGAGCCCACAAGGUCUGUGACAAUAGAAGCCACCAGUGGGUCUAGCUGUCCCCGGCAGCUCCAGCCUCUCUCCACCGCUCUGGGCCACGCUGACUUCACGGAUUGGCACCCGCGCACCAAGGGGACAGGGACGCGCUACAGGCCUGAGUGAGGCUGUGGCUGUGAGGAGGUUGAACACAGACAGGUCCCAGAUUCUGUCCCGUGCCGAUGGCCAGAGCUCCAUGCUGCAUUAAAACCCAGGUCCCAGGCGGAGCUGUGACGUGCCGUGGAGGGACUACCUUGGCGGGCAGUGAGCGUCCCGUCACCAGGAAGAUCCCAGCAGGACUGCCAUGGCGGGACACGAAUACGCAGGGUUCUUGGAGCCCCCCAGGAGGCGAUGCUGCAGGCCGAGGCUGCCGCUCGUACUGUUGGGGAUGCUGACCGCAGUGCUGUGGGCUGGGCUGCUCACCCUGCUUCUUCUGUGGCACUGGGACACCGAGCGGAACCUGAGACAGCUGGAAGACUCUGCUGCCCGGAACGUCUCUCAAGUUUCCAAGGACCUGCACAGAUACCAGAGUGACCAAAUGGCCCAGAAGUCCCAGGCUGCUCAGCUGUCGCAGAACGUGAAAAGACUCCAGGCCCAGCAGACGCAACUGGAAUCUCAGGACUCUGAGCUCUCCUGGAACCUGGACAGACUCCGAGCAGACCUGAGCGACAGCAAGUCCCAGAGUGAGGCUUGGGAAGGCGGGGUGGGGGGUGGGGGGCUGCCGCUUGUCCCUGAGCACCGCCCCCUUCCUGUCCCCCAAGGCUUGAAUGAGAGGCGUGCCGCCUCCGACUCGUUGCAAAAGCUCCAGGAAGAGGUGGCCAAGCUGUGGAUGGAGAUACUGGUGUCCAAGGGCUCCACGUGCAACAUGUGCCCCGAGGGGUGGCUCCAUUUCCGACAGAAGUGCUACUACUUCGGCCAGGGCGCCAAGCGCUGGGUUCAGGCCCGGUUCACCUGCGACGACCUGGAAGGGCGCCUGGUCAGCAUCCACAGCCAGGAGGAGCAGGACUUCCUGACCAAGCGUGCCAGCAAGAAGGGCUCCUGGAUUGGCCUCCGGGACCUGGACUUGGAGGGGGAGUUUAUCUGGAUGGACGGGAGCCCCCUGGACUACAGCAACUGGAAUCUGGGGGAGCCCAACAACGGGGACCAGGGCGAGGACUGCGUGAUGAUGCUGGGCUCGGGCAAGUGGAACGACGCCUCCUGCCGCAGCGAGCUGGACGCCUGGGUGUGCGAGCAGCUGGCCACCUGCGGGCCACCCGCCCCCUCAGCCUCCGGGGAUGUGCUGGAACCUGUACCCACAGAAGGGCACUGACAGACCCCUGCCCACCUCCCCCCACCCGCACCUCGAUCCCAGGAACAGCUGAGCCCAGAGUGGGACCCUAAGGACCCCCAGCAAGGCCUGGGUGCCACUUUGUAGCUAAAAGUUCCCUGUGACAUCCCUCCCCAAACUGGCCCAUCCCUGCUCCCGUCAGCGCCCCAGAGGGCCUGUCCCUUGCUUUUCAGCUAAGCUGGUCAUCACCACUUCCCGCCUUCAAAGGCCCGGUGCCCCCAGAGCCUGUGCUGGCCGUUGGCAGGAUGGAAGACCCUCGCGGCGCUGGUACAGACUGGCAGCCCUGCCACCCCGGGCGCUGUGGGGGACACAGGGUCUCUCGCCUCAGACCACCCUGUGCUUCGUCUGUGACUCCCACCCCAUCAGGAGUGCCCUGUCCCCUCCCCUGUCUUCAGCACCUUAGGACAGAGACCCCCAGCUCAGGCAGCCAGGCCUGCUGCCCGGCCUGCCUCGGUGGCCCCUGCUCUCGUCCCUGCCUCGGGACAGGCUGGAGCUGGUGCCCCAGGCCACCCAGCUGAGGUGGAGUUGGGCCUCCCUGCCAACUCUCUCUCCCUUCACCACAAGAAAUGGGCGCUAGGUGAGGCCUGGAGAUGAAGACUGCGGGGUGCAACAGACCCUGGAAAUUUGUAGGUCAAGGCAGUGGACCCCCAGCCAAUCCCCCCACCCCAGGGCCCCAGAGGGAGGGCACAAGUUGAGGCAGGGGCAGUGCCCAAACACAGCUGGUGCAGAGAAGGCGCUCACAAGAAAGCGCUCACAAAGUGCUCUCUGGAUAGGGGACAGGGAGGGGACCUGGUGACUCAGGCCAGUUCAGGUCUGGAAGUGCCCGGGAGGCUGAGGCAGCAGAAGGUGGACCCAGACUGACAAGGGUCAGCCAGUGCCAGGGACAGAGGGAGGAAGCAGGUCAGGAUCCCAGGUCAGGCCAAGGCUGGGGUCCCCUUGGCCUUGGCUUUUUCCCUGGAGACCCCUCCGCGUCUGCAGGAAAUGCCUCGUUCAGAACCCGCUUCCUUCUCACCCUGCCGCUGCCUUGGUCCUGCUCCACCUCGCCCCCCACAUGGUCUGUUCCAGCUCCGAGUCUUCCCUGCUCUUUCUGAGAUGGGGUCUGUGUGGCCGAGGCUAGCCCCAAACCCCUGGGUUCAAGUAAUCCUCCUGCCUCAGCCACCCGAGCAGCUGAAACUACAGGCACACGACACCACACCCAGCCCCAGUCUCCCUCUUCACUGUCCCCAAACCUUCCCUAAGUUUCCCGACAGCUCAGAGGAAAAAACCAAGCCCUUUAGGUUCCCUGUAUGAUGGCAGAAGCCCUCAUGCUCCCCCCCACCUGCCUCCCCGCUGUUCCCUGGACAUGUGUGCUCGCCCACCUCAGGGACUUUGCAUGAGUUCCUCCUGCUCAAUCCGCCCUCCAAGUUUUUGCUCUCAGUGGGGCUUGUCCCAACUUCCCCACCCACCCAAUUUAAAAUCACAACUCCUGAAUGGGAGUGCAGCUCGGUGGUAGACGCACCUUACCUGAGCAAAGCCCUGGGCUCAUCCUCAGCGCUGCAAAAUAAAUAAAUAAAUAAAUAAAUAAA